AUAGGUAGUAUCCUGGUCUCAGUGAACCCCUAUAGGAUGUUCAACAUAUACGGAACUGACAUGGUGCUGAAGCACAAGGGAACCGCUCUGGGAGAGAACCCUCCACACCUGUUUGCCAUAGCAAACGUCUCCUACACCAAAAUGAUGGAUGCCAAACAGAACCAGGUUAUUAUAAUCAGUGGGGAGAGUGGAUCAGGGAAGACUGAAGCCACUAAACUGCUGCUGCGUUACCUAGCAGCAAUACACCACAAACACAACAUUACACAACAGAUUAAGAUUCUUGAGGCAGCUCCUCUUCUGGAAUCAUUUGGAAAUGCCAAAACAGUUCGUAACGACAACUCCAGUCGCUUCGGGAAAUACGUGGAGAUCUAUCUGGAACAGGGUGUUAUCAGCGGUGCCAUAACCUCUCAGUAUCUGAUGGAAAAGUCCCGUAUAGUCUUCCAGGCCAAAGAUGAGAGGAACUACCAUAUCUUCUAUGAGAUGCUGUCAGGUCUUCCGCCCCAGCAGAGACAGGCCUUCUACCUGCAGGAGGCAGAGACGUACUAUUACCUGAACCAGGGAGGGGAUUGUGGCAUAGCAGGAAAGAGUGACAGGGACGACUUCCUCCGUCUGCUGGCUGCCAUGGAGAUCCUACACUUCACCCCUGACGACCAGGCGUUCAUCUUUAGAGUCCUGUCUUCUAUUCUACACCUGGGGAACGUCUACUUCCAAAGAUACGAGGCGGACGGCCAGCAGGUGGCGUCUGUGGUCAGUGCUCAGGAGAUCAGAGUCAUCGCUGAACUGCUCCAGAUCUCCCCUGAGGGACUCCAGAAGGCCAUCACACACAAAGUCACGGAGACCAUGAGGGAGAAAAUCUACACCCCUCUGACAGUAGAGAGCGCUGUAGACGCCAGAGAUGCUGUUGCCAAGAUUCUGUACGCUCUGUUGUUCCACUGGUUGACUGAGAGGAUUAAUGGACAGGUGUACCCUCGACAUCACGCGCUGUCAAUAUCUGUACUGGAUAUAUAUGGCUUUGAGGACCUGUCUUUCAACAGCUUUGAGCAGCUCUGUAUCAACUAUGCUAAUGAGUCCCUGCAGUUCUUCUUCAAUAGGAUCGUCUUCAGACAGGAACAGGAGGAGUACAACAGGGAGCAGAUCCCGUGGCAGGACAUCCCGUUCAAUGACAACCAGGCCUGCAUCGACCUCAUCUCCUCUAAGCCCCACGGGAUACUGAAGAUCCUGGAUGAUCAGAGCUGUUUCCCCCAGGCGACAGACCACACCUUCCUCCAGAAGUGUCAUUAUCACCAUGGUAAUAACAAGAUCUACCUGAAGCCAAAGAUGCCCCUCCCAGAAUUCACCAUCAAACACUUCGCUGGCCCGGUCACCUACCAGGUUCACAAGUUUCUGGAUAAGAACUACGACCAGGUUGGACAGCAGAUCCUCGAUCUGUUCAGCCACAGCAAGAACAAGAUGGUGGCCAACCUCUUCCUGGUUCACGCGGAGGUCGUAGGUCAGCAUAGAGGUCAUGGCAGGAAGAGCAGCACGGUGACCCGGAGACACCAGCCCCCCACCGUCUCCACCAAGUUCACCCUGUCACUACUGGAACUGGUAGACAAGAUGGAGAGGUGCAACCCAUCGUUUAUACGCUGCAUUAAGCCAAACAGACAGAAGGAGCCAGGUGUGUUUGAGACGGAGCUGGUCGGCAGUCAGCUGAGGUAUUCUGGUAUCUUGGAGACCAUCAGGAUCCGGAGAGAGGGUUACCCUGUUAGACUGGCCUUCAACGUCUUCCUGUUCAGGGCCUACCAAGUAGGAGUUACCAAGCUGUUUCUGAAGGAGGAUGUGUACCAGUUGUUGGAGUCUAAGAGAGAGCGUGUCCGUCAGGUGGCGGCCCUCACCCUGCAGAGAUACACUCGCAUGUUCUUCGUCAGGAAACGGUACAAGGAGUUCAGAACCAAGAUCAUCAGACUACAGGCCUACUUUAGAGGCUUCCUCACCAGGAAGCGCUAUUUGAAGAUGAGAAAGAGUCUGGUCAAGUUCCGUUCUCUCAUCCACAUGUACGUCACCCGCAAGAGAUACAUCAAGGUGGCAGAGAGCUCCACUCUGAGUGGCAGAGAGCUCCACUCUGAGUGUCUAGCUCUGGUCCAGGCACCACACAUCCAGGAGGAGAACCAGCUGACUCUGCCGCUGGACAUCAACAACUACCCCUUCAGCCGCUACGCACAACUCUACUUCAGGGAGCCGAUGUUUGGGAUGCUAACGGUUCCCUUGGAGAAGACCUUGACGUGUACGGAUGAGGACCUCCGACAGGAAGCUCUGGAGCUGUUCGUUAUGGUGUUUAAGUGUUUAAGUAUCCUGAGGUUCAUGGGCGACCCCCACCUGAAUGGGGCUCAGGAGAACCUGUUUGGGAACUACAUAAUCCAGAGAGGACUGGCCAAUCAGGGCCUGCGAGACGAGAUCCUGGCUCAGCUGGCCAACCAGGUGUGGCGGAACCCUAACCAUGACAACGCAGAGAGAGGCUGGCUGCUGUUGCUGGGGUGUGUCUGCUGCUUCCCCCCCUCCGCCAGGCUGCACACACACCUGCUGAAGUUUGUGUCUGACCACGCCCCUGCUGGUUGCCGGGCGCUGCUGCAGCACCGGCUGAUCCAGGCCAAUCAGAAGUCCCGGCUGGUAUCAGGCUCCGCCCCUGAGACAGCACGCACCUAUCCACUGGCUCUGUUGGAGUGGACAGCCAAUAGGAAGAGGGCUAACAUGGUGCUGCAGGUGACCUGCUUCGACGGAGAAUCGUUCCUGUGUCCUGUCCAAUCCUGGACGAGUGGAGAAGACCUGGCUGGAGACAUCCUACGACACAGGGGAGUGGGUGAUUCGUGGAGGGGGUAUUCUAUACUGAUGAAGGAGUAUGGGCAGUGGGCGGAGCUAGCCGGUCAUGAUUACGUCAUGGAUCUGAUAUCAGACUUGGAGCUGCCGUCCGACUUCCCCAAACAGAAGAGUUUCUUCGUCAUCUCAGCUGAGGAUCCUAAUAGAGUUCGAACCAACGCCAGUCUGACUCUGUUUGGCAGUGGUUUUGACAGUGAUGAGGAGCUGCCCUUCCUCACCACCACCCAACCUGCGUACAGCCUGCCAGACUCUGAAGGAUACUCCAGCCACGUGGAGUCGGAUGUGUUCAGCGAUGGUCAGACUCAGAGAGGGGUGGAUCGCUACCUGGACAGCCUCUUCAACCCUGUGUUAUCAGACGGCAGCAAGGACCUGGACAAGCCAGCCAGUAUGACAGGCCGGAUGAAGGGAGGAGGAGGAAUAGGAGGAGGAGAGGAGGAGAGGGGUCAGGCCCCCGCCAGCAGACCAUACCCCCCAGGACUACAGCCCGGAGCUGUGCCAGUGCUUCCAGUGAUGGGAGGGAUGAUACCCCCUGUACCCACAAUGCCAAGCCCUUCCCACCAUCAGUACCACCAGCAGUACCAGCUUCCUGCCUCACCCCCUGCUGCCCGCCACCCCUACCACACCCAGCCUACCUCUCCUGCCUCACCCCCUGCUGCCCGCCACCCCUACCACACCCGGCCUACCGCUCCUGCCUCGCCCCCUGCUGCCCGCCACCCCUACCACACCCAGCCUACCUCUCCUGCCUCACCCCCUGCUGCCCGCCACCCCUACCACACCCAGCCUCCUGCUCUGGCUCCUUCAGCUCCCUCGACCACCACUGCUACACCCCCUGCUGCCCCUCCCCUUGCCAUGCCCCCCCUCCAUGGGAUGCCCCUCAUGCCUUCCAUGCCAGGCCUACCUCUGAUGCCAGGUGUGAUGUCAGGUUCUCCAGAACAGACAGGAAUGGCUCAGCAGCAACAGACCAUCAUCAACCAGCAAGCCAUCAUACUGGCCCAGCAGAUGACCAUGCAGGCCAUGGCUUUCCAGCAGCAGAUGUUGUCUUCCCUCCCCCUCGCCCCCCAGGCCCCGCCCACACAACCACCCCCCCGCACCUCCAGCCAUGAUGGCAGCACACCUCCCUAA